AUGGAGAAUUCUUUAAACACCUAUCUCAAAGCCAAUCCUCUUCCAAAUGCGGGAACGUUGACCAGAUAUUGGGUACAGACUGCAGAUUCCAGAGUUCUGCUUCCCGAGCCCAAAUAUCUUUCUGCAUGGAAUGAAGAGGAAGAAGCAGAAGAAGGACAAGGACGCAAGUUGCUUUGGACCCCGACACGUGCAUGCUUGAAAGUCACAAUGUCACAUUUCUCGUGUUGUUCGUGGUAA